AUGUACGAGGACUGGCCGACACUCGAGUUUCCAGACCUCACCAAGACAACAAGUGAAUCGGUGUCCUCUGCGCUUCUCUCCGAGCUUACAAGAUCCAUCAGCGACGAGGAUGAUCAGUUGUCAAUCAGGCUUCAGACUGACGACCAGUUAAGAUGGUGUAUGCAGGUACUGAAUUAUUCGCUCACGCUCUCCUUCACCACUCAUCGUGAAUUCGAGACCGUCCGUGGAGCUGUACGCAUUUAUCUGCACUGGCUACGAGCUUUAACCGAUUUUCCUGAUGGCAAUAUCCCUACACCAUUGGUGGACACACCAGAAAAGUACUUUAGGAGUAUAAUUGAUGCUCUCCGCAAUCUGUUCUGUCGUCGGAUUGAUAUCAAAGGAGAGGUUCCACGAGGUUUAGCGAUUGAACGGCAAGCUCGUGAAGUAGAAACAGUCUUGGAUGCCGUGCGCGAGUUGACGCUAACGGCAAGUAGAAAAUACCAAAAUGAGGUAUGGGCUCGCAUACUUAGCUUUCUACUUAAUUCGGCGGAUCUCCUCCUAGCCGACCCGCUCUUUCCAGAAGAAAUGGGAAUGCGUGUUGGGUCAAGAGUCGUUGAUACACUUUUUGACCUUUGGUUCCAUGCGGUACUUAACGAAGAGAUCCCUUCACCCACAUACUGGCGAACACUGGCAGCUUUAUGUCGACGAUGGCGUCAUCAUGUCACCGUCAUAGAAUCUUGGGCACGGAAACUUCUGGCAAUGACUGUUUUGGUGUGUCGUAAGAUGUAUGGCGAGGAUUACUGUAAAAUUGCA